AUGAGCGAAACUCAUGCUGAAGAAGAGGUACAAGUAGCCGCAGAAGAAUCGGAUUGUCCUCGGAAAAGGGCGAGACUAGAUAAUUCUUCCAAAAAGAGUUGGAGUUUGAUGGACAGAAGAACGGAUCAAGAGGUGUUGCAGGAGAUGGGUGUUAGUUUACUCGAGCCUGAUGAUCAUGAAGGACAGUGUGAAACAAAUGUUCCGUCAACUGUGCACCAUAAAGCUUUGAAGAGGAAGCGUGACAUUGAGAAUGUAAACCCGAACGUGAUAGUGACUUCACCAUUCAGCCCUAAAAGCCCCCGGGGCAAGAUUUGCAGCCCCAGUCCAGGGCCUUCGAGGAUUAAGAGCCCAAAAAGUGCUGAGAAAAGUAAACCUCUACAAUGUACUGAUCAGCAAAUCUUGGAGACUAGCUUUGUGGAUGAAUAUCUGAUUGAUGAAGAGACUCCACUGGCUCAAGUGAGCUCGUACAUGCCUUUGGCACAAAUGGGACAAUCGAAGCGACGUUGUGUCACGCCUUUAGGUGUCCAAGAAGAGUUGAUAAUCAGUAGACGUACUAAGACAGAGCCUGAAGGUGAAGAUGCCUUCAACAUAUUGUCCGAUGAAAUGAUACUAAGUGUGUUCAGGUGGUUGCCGAAGAGGACCCUUGCUAACUGUAUGCUUGUAUGCAAAAGAUGGCAUAGAGUAGCUUAUGACGAAACUCUAUGGCAAAGAUUAGAUUUAGGCAAUAAAACAUUAAACAAGGACGCGUUAGGCAGAAUACUAGACAGAAAACCACUUAUAGUUAGACUAGCAAGUUCCGAGAUAGGAGAAUGGCACGUAACAACUCCACCUUCACCGUCUCGCAUACAAUACCUAGAUCUAAGCGUUUGCAGCAUAGAUUAUGUAACUCUAAACUGUCUAAUCGAAAGGUGUCCAGCUUUGAAGAAGUUGAGCUUAGAAAAUGUUCCGGUUAACGAUGAAACUUGUGAAUUAAUCGGCAAAUGUACACAGUUAGAAACUUUAAAUUUAACAAUGGCACAAGGUAUCACUAUGAAAGGAUUAAUGUCUAUAUUAAAAGGCUGUUUAUGUUUGCAAUCGUUAAACAUAUCGUGGUGUUGUCUCUCAGAGAGUACGUUAGAAGUAUUAGUGUCAUAUUUACCACAGAAACUGCAAAGGUUGAAUGUGGCCGGUGCUAGAAUACUUAAAGAUGACAUGGUGAAACAGCUGGUGUCCCGCUGUCCUCGCCUCCUAGAACUGGAUCUAUCUGACUGCAGCUCGUUAUCAGAGGACGCUCUACAAGCGCUACAAAGUUUAACGAGACUAGAACAUUUAGCGCUGAGCAGAUGUUAUUUGCUACCACCACAUAGACUUACUAAAUUAAACUGCAUGGUGGCGCUGCAGUACCUGGAAGUAUGGGGCAUGCUUCCAUCGGCGUCGUUGAAUGCUUUAAGGGCCGCGUUACCAGCCAUACAGCUCAACCAGUUCAUGUUCAGCGCCAUCGCUAGACCAACAGUAGGCACUAGAAGAACUUCUGUGUGGGGCCUUCGUACCAGAGACUGA